CUCGAGAUUGAGAAACACCCAGUGGCUCUGCAGCAGGUUUACUCGACAUUGAGAAACUGUGACUGGCUACAUGUAGAGACAUAUGACUGUGUUUACAGGGGGCAUGAGUAUUUGACUGGGUGGGUAAGAAGCUGCAAACACCUGUAUAUGGGGUAAGAGGAGUAAGUGGGAGGUUCUCAGCAUUAAUACAUGGUAUACACCUAUUCAUGCCUGUUAUACCGUAUACUCUAUCGCAGCAACUAUACAUCGCUCAAAACCAUUUAGCAUUUUCUUGUUUUUCUCACUAUUCUUUAAAAGUCCUGGCUGUAAUUUCCACAUCUUGUAUUUUAAUGACUUAAUUAUGACAAAUUACAGUUUGAUUAGAUCUGUGAUCAGCUGGCUGACCUGAAUAAAUUAGAUGGGUGUGAUUGGUGCAGCAUUUACAAAAGGAGGUGGGGACUCUUGGUCUACAGUACCGCCCAUAGAGGGGUGAAAUAAGGUUAUAUGUGAGCAGAAUCUUUCAGCAGAUGGAAAGAAAGGGAGCCCUGUUUCUGACGAGACAUUUAUCCCUUCAUUGAACUUUAAAAAAUAGCUUUAAAAAAGUUUUUCUAAAGUAAGUCAGGUACUGUAGACAGCAGGAUCAUGUUGGAGGAUCUUUUCCAGUCUUCAACUUCAGUCUUUUUGUCUGUGGCCAUUGUGGUUCUGCUUGGCCUACAGUUUAUUUACUCAAGCUUCAGCUCCAACAGCAGGAAGAGGGAGCCACCCGGGCCUAGACCUUUUCCCCUGCUGGGAAAUCUACUUCAAGUGGAUCUCAAGAGACUCGACCGCUCUCUUGUUGAUCUGUCCAAAAAACAUGGACCAGUGUUUACAUUUUACUUAGGAAUGCAGAAGGUGGUGGUCCUGGCAGGAUACAAGACAGUCAAACAGGCUCUGGUCAACCAUGCUGAGGAGUUUGGAGAACGAGAGAUCAGUCCGUUAGCCUAUGAUUUCAACCAAGGACACGGAAUAAUCUUUUCUAACGGUGAUGUGUGGAAAGAAAUGAGGCGUUUUGCUCUAAGCACACUAAAAGAUUUUGGGAUGGGCAAAAGGAUUACUGAAGGGAAAAUCAUUGAAGAAUGUGGCUACCUGAUUGAAGAAUUUCAACAGCAUGAAGGUGAAGCCUUUGAUAACGCCCAUACGAUGAAUUACGCAGCUUCAAAUAUUAUAUCCGCUCUCAUGUUUGGAAAGAGAUUUGAAUACAAGGACCCUGAAAUCAAAGAUAUGUUGGAAAGAAACCAUGAAGUCACCCGUCUUACAGGAACAGCAUCCGUUCUGAUAUACAACGCGUUUCCUUGGCUGGGACCUUGUAUUAAAAACUGGAGGGAUUUGAUGAAACUGGUGGAGGACAGCAUGAAGGAAACAAGGAGCAUGAUAGCUGACCUGAAGGAGACUCUGAACCCUGACAUGUGCCGAUGCUUUGUGGAUGCAUUCCUGACCCGUAAACUGAGUCUUGAGGAGGCUGGUGACAAAGAUUCACACUACAAUGAUGAGAACCUGGCCCACAGUGUGAUAAACCUGUUUGCUGCUGGGACUGAUACAACGGCAAAUACACUUCAGUGGUCUUUACUUUUCAUGGCCAAGUACCCUCAGUUUCAAGACAAGGUCCAGGAGGAGCUGAGCAGGGUGAUAGGAAGCCGUCAGGCCAGAGCUGAGGACCGGAAGAACCUGCCGUACACUGAUGCUGUCAUCCAUGAGACACAGAGACUGGCCAACAUUGCCCCCAUGGCCAUUCUUCACAGAACUAGCCAAGACGUCACCUUCCAGGGAUACUUCAUCAAAGAGGGGACUUGUGUGCUUCCUCUUCUUACUUCUGUCCUGCAGGAUGAGAGUGAAUGGGAAACCCCACACACUUUCAAUCCUUCCCACUUCCUGGAUAAGGAGGGUAAAUUUAUCAGGAGAGACGCCUCCAUGCCAUUUUCUGCAGGUCGCAGGAUGUGUCCUGGAGAGAGUCUGGCUAGAAUGGAGCUGUUCCUCUUCUUCACCUCCCUCCUCCUGCGCUUUCGUUUCACUCCACCACCUGGAGUUACAGAGGAUGAACUGGAUCUCACUCCAGUUGUGGGCUUCAUUCUGACCCCUUCCCCACAUGAGCUGUGUGCUGUCAGUCGUCAAUGAGGAAGAGAGCUAGAGCAUUGCAGCCUCCAUGUCACCCUACUGCCCAGAAGGCACUGCAGGUUCUGGUCCAGAUUAUUCUCACCGUACGCAUAGAGUUCUGCAACUCCCUCCCUCCAUCUCAUUCAGAAUGCAGCAGCCUGACUGGUCUUUAAACUCCAAGUUCUCCCACACUUCACCACUCCUUAUGCUAUUUUUACUUUAUACCAAUACUGUUCUACACUGCUGUGAAUGGAUCAGGCCCUUCUUUCAUCCAUGACAUGGUUAAACCGUACACUCCAGCAUGUGCACUUUGCUAAAAAACUAAAAGCUAAUGUACUUGCAUCUUUUGUAGGUCGCUUUGGAUAAAAGUGUCAGCUAAAUGAUAUGUAAUACGAUUGCCUUGCUUUCUGCUGUACACAUUUGUAUGUACAAUAUAUUCAGACACUGCCUGACACAUUUAAAUGGGAAAGUGGUUUGUAUUUUAAUCAUGACUUUAUUUUAUUUUUUUUUCAUUAAUCAUACAGUAGAGGUAUGAAAAUUAACAGUCAGUAAUGCUAGUCGAGAUUAUACAAAAAUAAUAGAUAGAAAAAAGGAGUGACAAAGGUAGUGCCUGCACAUAAUCAUUCCAUUAAUCAUUGCCUAUUGUAAGGACACAUCAUUAUUAUCAACACAUUAUAACUAAAGCACUGCAUUCUAUUGCUGUUGUAUUCUCUUAAAAUGUUAAAAAUAAAUACAUUUUAGAAUUGC